AUGGUGUCGGGAUAUUCCGGGGGCCCCAUGGGGACUUUAGGGGCCCCAGGGCCCCCUGAAGGAGAAAUGCGGUGCCCUAUUGGGACGCGUAUCUAUGUGCCCUCUGCUGAGUCUGUAUGGACAACAGCAUCGGUGGUUUCUGUCGAGGCAAAUGGAGUUCUUAUUGCGAAACUAGACGCUGAAGGACAAGUGGUGCAGCUAAAGAAAGGGGACCCUUUUUACCUCUGCAAUACAGAUGAAUGGAACGCCCGUGGUCUAUGUGCUCCGGAGGAUUUGACAUCCUUGAUGCAUCUUCACGAGGCUGCCGUCCUGGAUUCUUUGGAUAUCCGCUUUGAAAUUGAUUCUAUCUACACAUUCACAGGCCAAAUCCUCAUCGCUGUCAACCCCUUCAAAACCUUGAAGGGCUUGUACGAUUACUCCACGCUAAAGCGAUACAUCCAUCUACGAGGUUUUGAAUCCGAUGCGUCUCGCGUAGCUACGAGUGGAGCGGCUGCGCGAGGCUCAAGCAGCGAGGGAACUCAUGGGGGAGGAUCUCGAGAUGCGUUAAAGGAACCUCAUGUGUUUGCAACAAGCAGUGCAGCCUAUGAGGGCAUGUGCCUUAAUCGGAAGAGCCAGACAAUCCUGAUUAGCGGAGAGUCUGGAGCCGGCAAGACGGAGAGCACGAAAUUUGUGAUGAAAUUCCUUGCAUGUGCGGGUAGCGACGACAUUGAGAAACGCUCCACGGUUGAGUCGCAAGUGCUGGAGUCCAAUCCUCUACUGGAGGCUUUCGGCAACGCACGCACACUGCGAAAUGACAAUUCUUCGCGCUUUGGCAAAUUCAUCGAGCUACAGUUCUCCGUCUUUCAAGACAGCAAGGGGACCCCAAGGGGAAGGUUGUGCGGCGCUCGCAUACAAACGUACUUGUUGGAGAAGGUCCGCGUUUGUUCGCAACAGGAGGGCGAAAGAAACUUUCAUAUUUUUUAUCAGCUUUGUGCUGCUGCCGCACGUGCCCAGGAGACAGGCGGUGUUUAUACUUUGUCUCCCUCUGCGGCAGCAGGAGCUGCUGCUGCGGCAGGUGCUGGAGCAGGGGAUGCAGAAGGCGCUGUAGACGCUUUUUUAACGUUGAAUAUGUCUGCCUAUGAGUCUCGGGAGCACUUCAAGUUCUUAACGUGUAGCAGCUGCUACCAGCUGCAGGGGGUAGACGAUGUAGAGGCAUUUGACGCCACACUGACGGCGAUGCGAACCCUUGGGAUUCCCCAGCAAAGUAUUCAAGAUGUCUGCGAUGUUGUGGCCGCUGUGCUCUGUCUGGGCAAUGUUUCGUUUACGGCCUUGGAUUCUGAUACAGAAGCAUCGGAUGUCUCCGCUGCAGCGCUGCCGUACCUGGAGAAGGCAGCUAAGAUGCUGGGAGUGGAGCCGGAGGCGCUCAAGGAGGCAAUGUGCUACAGAACUAUAAAGACCGCAAGAGAAAGCCUCAGAAAACCGAUGCGUCAGGAGGAGGCGACGGAGAUGCGCUGCGCUCUAUGUAGGGCCUUGUACGGUUGUUUGUUUCUUUGCGUAGUAAAGCUGACGAACAGCAGUAUCGGCUUUGUGUCGUCCGAGGAGUCUUUUUCGCAAGAUUUGUUGUUCUGUGGGGUUCUGGAUAUCUUCGGCUUUGAGUGUUUUCCCCAUAACUCCUUUGAGCAGCUGUGUAUCAACUUUGCAAACGAGCGGCUCCAGCAGUUUUUCAACUCGUUUGUUUUCCUCUGCGAGGAGCAGCUUUACCAAAAGGAGCAGAUCCACUGGUGCCCCCUGGACUUCCCGAACAACGCAGACUGCGUUGCGUUGCUACAAGACAAGUAUCAGGGUGUCUUUGCUCUGCUAGAUGAAGAGUGCGUUGUUCCUGGAGGAAGCAAUAGGGGCUACAGCCUCAAGCUUGCAAAGAAGUAUGCACCAACAAGCCGUUUCCGACUGAACAAGACAAAGCAGAACUCCUUUAUUGUCAGACACUUUGCUGGAGACGUGGAGUACUGCACGGAUGGGUUUCUGGAGAAGAACAAAGACUUGCUUUCUCUAGAUUUGCAACGCUGUGUUGCUGCAGCUGCGAAAGAGUUUGUUGCUGCUUUGUUCCUUAACUUCCUAGAACGAGGCGGCGCGCUGGGACAACAACAGCGUAAGCGGAAGGCGCUGACGGUAUCUGGAGAAUUCAGGGAGCAGCUGCACACGCUGAUGGAAACAAUAGGGGAAACGAGUCCUCACUUUAUUCGUUGCAUCAAACCCAACCCGCAGAACCUGCCGGACGUGUUUCACCGGCCUUCAGUUAACGAGCAAUUACGAUAUGGAGGUGUGCUGCAAGCUGUUCAGGUGUCUCGAGCAGGCUAUCCUGUCCGCCUCCCGCAUGUGGAGGCCCUCAAAGAUUAUAGACCCCUCGCCAGCAAAGGAGGCCCUCAGGGAGCUACGUGGGCAGUAGGGGCGACUCUCUGCUUUUUCAAGAGGGAGUGUUUCGAGCUGCUUUCUUCCGCGCUUGUCACGAAGCGUGCUGCAGCGUCAACGCGCAUACAAGCUUGCUUUAGGGGUUUCCAGCAGCGGAAGGCCUACAUGGGACUAAGAAGAGACACCGUGAUCAUUCAGAGGGCAGCGCUGGUUCGAGGUCGCAAGGCCCGUGCAGUGUCUCUCUGUCUCCGCGAGAAUCGUGCCGCUGCGCUUAUCCAAGCGUCUUGGCGGAUGAAACAGCAGAGGCAAAGCUUCACCAAGCUGAAGAAGGCAGCCAUUCUUGCUCAACUGCGGUGGAAGCGGCUGCUGGCCAUUCGUCAGUUGCGACAUCUAAAGGCAGAAGCUCGCGAUGUUGCAGGCCUCGUCAAACUAGUGCAAGGCUUAAAGCAGGAGCUGUCGGAGGCGCGGCAGCAGACAGAAGAAACUGCAACUCGCGAGCUGCAGCAGCAGGCGCGCGCUGAUGAGCUGCAGAAGCAGCUGCAGCAGGCCAAGAAGGAGGUUGCAGAUUUGAAGGCUGAGCUCAAAGCCAACGCAGAGAUUUUCGCGCAGCAGCAGCAGCAGCUGGAGAGUUUGCGGUUGCUUUUGAGCCGCGAAGACACAGUGGCAGCAACAGCACCUGCCGCUUCGGCAGCGGCAACAGCAGCAGCAGCCUCAGAGGACACAGCGGCUCCUGCGUAUCCCCGACGCGGUGCUGGCGCAGACGUGCGAGACCUUAAGUGCUUAGUUGAGCGUCGGGAGGCUGAGGCAGCAGCAAGGCAGCAGCAACAGGAGCAUCAGGUGCAGCAAUUGCAGCAGCAGCUUCAGGAGCUCCAGCAGCAGUUGCAGCAGGAGCAACAGCAGCGGCAGCGCGCUGAGGCAAAAUACAAACUUGUGCUUGAGGACAGCAGCCUCAGCGGGGGUCGCACUCCAGGGGCCGCUGCGCCGGCAACGGCGGAAGCAGCAGCAGCAGCAGCAGCGGCGGCGGCAGCAGCAGCAGCGCCGACACUACCAGCACGUGAAGCGGCAGCAGCCUUGGCAGCGGGAGCAUCGGGGAGGGCAGUUCUCAAGAAGCAUUCAACAGGAGAGGGAUUGAGAUACACUGAAGGCGCUUCCGUUAUGUGUGACCGGCGGUUCAUUGACGUUAUGCUCUUAGGGCCCGCCAAUGUCGGGAAAAGAGAACUUUUAAAGGCCUUGGUCGAAAAGCUUGGAGACAGGCAUGCGCUACAGCAGCUGCAGGCUCCUGCAGAGGCGGAGGGAAGUUUCGAGCAGCUUGUGCGGCCUUGGCUGCAGACGUUGGCAGCGUACAGGAGGAGCAAGCCCGAGGCUUUGCGGCCGCUAAAUUCAUCCAAAUCGCAGUCUUUUUCGCCUUCUCAGGGGCUGCUGUCGGGAGGAGGCCUCCUCAGAAGCUCAGGCUCCUUCCCCGCUGCUCUUGUGGAUACUAUUCGCUCCUUCAUUGCAACAGGAAAGGGCAGCUACGAACCUACGCAGCUCGAAGAGCGCGAGGCAGUUACGUGUUUGACCUUUGGCGCUGAAAGGGAAAGGAGAGACUUCAUCCUUCUGGCUGUCGCACGGAAGAAUGGGUAUGUUGUCGUCUACCGCUGCUAUAGAACGAAUAUCGAAAAGGAGGCCCUUGACCCCCAUGAUGUUCGCUCACUAAACGCCGACGAGAACUCUAUUCCAGGAGAGGCUAAACCAAGACACGUCAAAGUCAACAGGGCCUCCCCCCUACCAGAGACCCUGGACAAGAUCACUGUACACAGCGAAAUGGUCGGACACGUGAGGGCCGUCACUUCGAUGUUCUUCAGCCUUUUGGAAGAUUUCCUGGUCACCACUUCCAUCGACCUCACCAUCCGAUUCUGGGCCGUGGAUUCAGGGGCUAACGUGAAGGUCUUCGCAGACUCCGCUGCUCCUCUUGCUGCUGCGCUUCUACCUUUCAAUCCUUCUGUUUUUAUCGCCUCCAACAGCAAUUCCCUGCUGCGUCUUGUGUGCUCAAACACUGGCAAAGUGCUGCAGAAGAUGAAGAUGGAGUCAGAAGUGCGGGCAAUUAGGUUUGACGACACAGGAUUAUUCUGCUUCGCAGGGAAUAAGGCCGGGCAGCUGUGUGUCCUGGAGGCUUCCGAUAAUGCUACUCUGACCUACAAGUACAAGCUCAAUAUUAGCAAAGGAGCGAUUACCUGCAUUACUUUCGUGCCGAGCAGAUCGCCGAGGGAGCGGCCACUGGUAAUUGCGAAUUGCUGUGACUCGAAUGUGGCGGUGGUGGAGUGCGUAUACGGGAUGGAAAACGGGUCACUGUCUAAUCUUCAAGUUUGCCGUAGAUUGAAGAUGCAACACGAAUUACUGCCACUUAGAAACUGCUUCCUACCAACAGGAGGCGGCUGGUUGGUCUCGGGAUGCGAAGACAUGAGCGUUUUCUGCUUUCCCUUAAGGGAGCACGCGUCGGCCAAAAGUGGAUUUCACCUUUCAAGGCACUCUAAUGCCGUCUUGGCGGUUGCAGUUAACGCGCAGAGCACCCUUUUGGCGAGUGCAGAUUCGGGCGGAACCGUCAUUCUCUGGAGAAGACUUGCCGCAACCAACGCGACUUGA